CUUUGUUAUAUUAGAUUACAUUAUUCGGUAAUUUGGAGAAAUUGUGGGCUUCAAUUCCAUUCUAAGUACACUUCAACAUGAGGUGAAACGUACUUUGAGCUGAUACCUCAGCUCACCGCUCAGUCUGCCCCCAUCUCAUCAACGGUUUCAUCAUUUGGUGAGCGGGAAGAAAAGCUUCCUUGAUCAAAAUCUUCCGGUGGCGGAAAUCAAUAGUUCUGGCAAAAAAAACAAUAUGUGUAAAUUAUAUGUGCUAUAUUGUAGCUACAUUUCAACUUUCAAACAUUUUUUUUCCAUGCAUGUAAAAUCAUUUUUUUAAACUCUAAUACACAAUAUAAUUUGAAAGCAUUUUUGUCAGGGCAUAAAAACGUGUGUCAUCAUGAAUUAAUAAAUCAUUUCCCCACCACGGAUGGGUCUCUCUCUUAGGUCUCUGGGUCCUGGAGGACAAUUGCUACUCCGACUCAGAACCAAACUCAGGUAUGACAUACCUUCAGCGCUACAAAGGACGGCUACUGCUCACCUGACUGGCUAGGGGUGUGGCAACACAAAAAGACCUAUAAAUGAAACCAUGUGAAGAACUUCAUUCAUCCCACUGACAAAGCCCUCACUGGCUGAUCCUCCACCAGCUCAACCCACCUGACAGGUCUCUGCACCAUGCCGAGCCUACUGCAGCCACACUGCCUGCCUCUGGCUGUCUGCGCCCUGCUGUCCUGCUCCCUGCCUCGCCCGGCCCACACUUGGCCUCUGCCGGCCCAGGACGGGGCACCGGACGUGGGCAGGAAAGGUCUCGGAGACGCGGCCAGGCGUCUCCUCCUGGAGUCGGUGAAGGCAGGGAUCCUGAGCUCGCUGGGUACGGAGAGGGAGCUCCGGCCGGCGGUUAGAGCCUCCGAUCAGGAGCUGAGGAGAAUGUACGGGCUCUACAGGGAGACGCUGAGGCUUCUGAGGGGCAACACGAGUGAGCCGAUCAGGGAAGUCCAGGCUUUUAGGAAGAGACGGUUGACUGUGCUGUUCCCAGAAACAGUAGAACCAGUAAGAGUUAUUCCACCUGAGUCAGGCCAACGCAUACAGUGGUACAGAGCCGUUUUCAAUAAAGACCUCAACACCCACACCGAUCUGACAUUGGUUCGAGCCAAGCUGAAGAUUUCCAAUUGGCAAUCGGAAGCCGGCCUGCCAAAGACCAGACAGGAGGUCCGUGUUAAGGUGCACAGAAAGGGGCUUCCCAACACCACGGUCUGGAUGACCAGCGCCACAUCCAAUGCCACCGCAGAGCACCGCCGCAGCCUGACCUUUGACCUCCGAGCUCAAGUGGAGAAAUGGUUGGGAAGAAUCAGCAAGGACCACGAGGACCAACACCGCCACCCGUUGGUGGUCGAGGUGGGGUUGGAGGCCGGCGAAGGCGAGAGCCCGAAAACGGCGCCGUCGGUCGCUUUGGAAAUAGGCCUGGUGGAGCCCAGAGGGGGAGCGGGCCGGCCCAAAAGGUCGAGGAGGCUGCCCCGCUCCAACAAGGAGGACGUCUGCAGCGAGCAGGGCUGGUGCUGCCGCAAGUCCCUCAGCGUGUCCUUCAAGGACAUCGGCUGGUCGGACUGGGUGGUGGCGCCGGAGGCCUACACCAUGCACUACUGCGACGGCUCCUGCCCCCACAACUACAAGCCGGCGGGCAUGCACACGCAGGUCAAGUCCCGGCUCAGCCAGCUGACCAAAGGAGCCCUGCAGGGACCCUGCUGCGUCCCCGCCGCCUACGAGCCGCUGGUCCUCAUGCACUACGACAGCAGGGGCCUGCUCACACUGACCCCCUUCCCCGACCUCAUCGUCACCACGUGCCACUGCGCCUGACGCCUCCCCGAGCCAUAACGUUGGGGGGGUUUUAUCACAGGCGUUGUACAUUUUGAAACAUACUGUACAAUACAAGAUGAUGAAACAAUGUUAUGCUUUCAAGCUAAAGUAGCAGGUCAUUGUUGACCCAUGCAGCCUGAAGAGAGGCUGAAGAACUGAAGAGAAGGUUUGCACAGAUGACUUCACAUUGGCAAAGUAGAAUCAAAAUGGUUCAAAAGUCUAAGUAAACCUUUUGUCGUUUAUGGACCUUUGAAUUUAAAUAACUGUUAUUUAUUGUAAGUUAUAUUUAACAUUUUUAAGUUAUGUCUGUGUUGUUAUGUUUUCUUUUUGUAUUACAGCUCAAGAUCGAUGUAAUGUUUACAAUUUUUCUUUGAACUUACUGAGGCUUACUGUUAACAGAUUUUGUGAAACAUUAUUAUUUUGUAUUGUUGGUUAUAAAUUUCAAUAAAAAAAGUUAAAGUAAUAUCAUGUUACUCAAUUCUUCAUUAACCUUAAAUCUGUUAUUAUACGUAAUUUAACUUCAGAAAU